AUGUGUAACCGGUGGCUGUACCCCCCCCCCCCCCACCCGUGGGACUCAACGUGUGUGAUCGGUGAAUCUGACACCUCUUGCCUCCCACCACCACCAACGUCCCCGCUCCUCGUAAACGCGCGCCCGCUACCCACCCACGCCACGUCACCACGGUCAGCUGUGGCCACCACCGCCCACAAACGUUGUCGACCGCCAACAACGACCACAUCAACAACGCGGCAACGCCACGUCAGCAAGCAAACGAGCCCCGGCGAGGGACGAAAACGGACCACGAGGGACAACCACGACGACCAUGACCACGCCCACGAACCACGACACGCCCCACGACGUCAACGGACGCCCACGUCAAUGGACCACGACCACGUCAACGGACCACGACCACGCCAGCGGACGACGACCACGCCAGCGGACAACCACGUCAACGCACCACCACCUCAACGGACGACGACCACGCCAGCGGACGACCACGUCAACGCACCACCACCACGUCAAUGGACGAUGACCACGCCAACGGACACCCACGUCAACGCAUGA